CAGACGUCCGCGGUGAAGCCAUAAAUCGUAAAUUGAAAAACACCAGCGACAGCAUAUUUGAUGUUCUGCCGUAGAUACAGUGGUCACACAGGAAAACUUGACCAGCUAGUCGGCAAGUCACAUGGUUUUCAUGACAGUCCUAUCUGCACGCGACUGGGAUCUGCUCGCAAAGGUUAUAAUGAUGGGACCUUUUGUUUAACCCGAAAACUGGUUUGAAACUCAACGUUAAACUACACCACUGAUACAUUCGGUGGCCGUGAGACGUUGUGGUGACACAGCGAGAGCGUCCCGUCAACAUGAGCCCCGAAGGAAAGUCGCUGCUCAACAUCAUCGUCCUCGGCUUCGGGUUUAUGUUCAUGUUCACCGCCUUUCAAACAUGCGGGAACAUCGAGCAAACCGUUCUGAAGAGCUACAACAGCUCAGACUUCCAUGGCAGCGGAUACACCAGUAUGUCCAUCAUCUAUGGCGUGUUCUCGGCCUCCAACCUCAUCGCUCCCUCAGUGGUGGCCGUCAUUGGUCCACAGCUGGCCAUGUUCUUCAGUGGUCUCCUCUACAGUGGCUACAUUGCCAUGUUUAUCCAUCCGCUGACCUGGAGUUUCUACACGGCGUCAGUUGUGGUCGGCAUCGCCGCAGCAGUGUUGUGGACUGCCCAGGGGAACCUGUUGACCAUUAACUCCUCAGACAGCACCAUCGGCCGGAACAGCGGCAUUUUCUGGGCCCUGCUGCAGUUUAGCAUGUUCUUACACACACUGUAUAUCUACAUCGCCUGGCACACAAUCAUACACACAUCAGAUAAGGACCGCCAGACGCUGUUCAUCUCCUUGACGGUCAUUAGUCUGGUGGGGAGCUUCCUGUUUUUCCUGAUCCAGCGGGUCGAACCAGACCCCGCCCCUUCUGAGGCCUCCGAGUCUCUGUUGCCCGCGGAAACCACACUCACAGACAGCAGCCCUGCAGUGCUUGCAGCACCUCCUGGUUUAGGCUUCCAGGCCCUGGACGCCUUCAAGAAGGCUUUGAAGCUGUUUGUCACCAAAGAAAUGCUGUUGCUCAGUAUAUCCAUAGCCUACACGGGGCUGGAGUUGACCUUCUACAGUGGCGUAUAUGGCACCAGCAUUGGGGCCAUGACUGUGUUUGGAGACAACGCCAAGAGCCUGAUCGGCCUCUCUGGCAUCUGCAUCGGCAUCGGGGAGAUCCUGGGAGGGGGCAUAUUUGGGAUGCUGAAUAAGUAUAUCCAGGUGGGACGGAACCCUGUGGUGCUGCUGGGGCUGGUCACACACUUUGUGGGGUUCUUCCUGAUCUUCCUCAACAUCGCCAGCGACGCUCCCAUCGCACCUGAGGAGGGGACACACCUGCAGGCCUUCAUCACGCCCAGUGUAGAGGUGGCUCUGUUGUGUAGUUUCCUGCUGGGUUUUGGAGACAGCUGCUUCAACACGCAGCUGCUAAGCAUUGUGGGAUACAUGUUCCGCGAGGACAGUGCCCCAGCCUUCGCCGUCUUCAAAUUCAUCCAGUCCAUCAUGGCGGCAGUGGCGUUCCUGUACAGUAACUACCUGCUGCUGCACUGGCAGCUGUUGGUGCUGGUGGUGAUGGGUUUUCUGGGCACGCUCAGUUUCUUCGUGGCCGAGUGGCUCGCCGUCCAACGCAAGCGUGACUCUGACUACGACAGCAUCUAACCCGCCCAACCUGCCCUGGUGCACGGCCUGCCUGGUGCCCAACACACACACACACACACGCGCAUACACUGUGUGUGUGUGUGUGUGUGUGUGUGUACUUGCCUGCCCAGGGGUGGGUGGCAGGGGCACAUGAGGGGCGUUCUGUUCCGCUGUGGAAGGCCAGCUGACCACUCCUCAGCACAGGGUGGCACAGUCCAGUCUCUGGGGCUCUGCUGACUGGGGGGGAGCUGGCAUGAGAGACUGUGCCAAGCAGCCAUAUUUUCCUUCCUUCAUUUGUUUUUUGUUUUGUUUUGUGUAAUGUUUGAUUUGUUUGUUUUGUUUUGUGUAAUGUUUGAUUUGUUUGCUAUCCAGAGAACCUGGACAAUCAAGGAAGAAUCCACUGAUGGUGCCUGUUCCACUCCGGUGGAUAAGACUUUUGUGAUUUCACACACACACACACACACACACACACACACUACUUACUACACUGUCACAAAGGGAGAUUCGGUUCGAUUUAGUUUACUUUAUAAGACUCAGGAGAGUGCACUUCUGGACAUCAGUUGGAGUGUGUGUGUGUGUGUGUGUGUGUGUGUGUGUGUGUGUUUCGGGAGAGAAAAAACACUCCCCCUGAAGCUGGAGGUGUGUUGACAGAACUGUUGCAGAAUGAAGGGCCUGGAUGAGCACAGGAGUGAAGUUGUUUUUAUUUAUUUUAUUAUGUUGAUCACCAGGGACAAGUCUGCCAAAGAGUUCGCUGUGACUGAAAGCUUUUCCCCGUCUCUGCAUUGCUUUGUGCCUCGUGUGUGUGCACACCUGUGUUAGUCACUUUGACUAACGCCUCUCCUGAAAGGAUGAGAUGUCGGACAGGAAUGCCUGUGUGUUAGCAUAAUGGCUGUGUGUGUGUGUGUUAGCAUAAUGGCCGUGUGUGUGUUUGUUAGCAUAAUGGCCGUGUUUGUGAGUAACAAACGAAUCUUUGAGUUCUCUGGACAUGAGAGGACUAGAUUGAGGAGACCAGGAGUGAAAAGAAGAGGACUACAAAACAGGAGAACAGGACUACACUUCCUGCAUAUGUAGGCUUACUCUAGAACUGGCCAGGCCUACACUUCCCAUGAGCCUUUGCUGUGCUAUGAGAUUAGCAUUUUGAACACUGGCCCUAUUCAGACCGCAAGCGUGGCAACUGCCUGUCAGCUGCGUUACCUGUAUGUUUUUAUUUCCGCUCCCAUGUUAACAUGUUAGAGCUUGCACACUACCUGCGUGACACGCACGUCUCAGGUGUGGCUUGAGCCGUGCUGAAAACGUGUGCAUGCUACAAAUAGGACUGGCGCCUAUUUUUCACGCAAGCAUAUUGGAAGCGUUUCCAUUCAACGGUGAAGAGAUAUUUUAAUAAUCAGACUGGCUGCAGCAGUGCCACAUCAGGGACGUUUCUCACAUGAAACGCGACGCAGCAGCCAUGAACCAGACUGGCAAUGCACACUCUCUGGUCUCUGCAUUUAUCCCAAUCCGUGAAUUAGUGAAACACACACAGCACACAGUGUACACACAGUAAGGUGAAGCACGCACUAAUCCUGGCGCAGUGAGCUGCCUGCAUCAACAGCGGCGCUCGUGGAGCAGUGAGGCGUUAGGUGCCUUGCUCAAGGGCACUGCAGCCGUUCCUACUGGUCACACACACACACACACACUUGCAGCACGCUUCCAAGGUCAAUAUGGCGAUACGAACUCAAAACGCUAAUUAUGCUGUCGCAAGACAUUAUAUGCAGGCAGACCAAGGUUCCCCAUCAUUCAGAUUCUGGGGCAGACCACGGACAUCAUUUAAAAACCCCAUAUGGAGGAAGGAGGCAUAUUGGAUCCAUACACUUGACACACUUGAGUCUCGAGGUCUAAGUGGAGGAUUAAGUUGAUCUGGUUUCCUGUAGACCUGGAGUAUUUAAAGUGAGUGGACUCGGGUUCCUUCCCUCGGAUCAUCCACGCUGGCUCUGAUAUGCUACAAGUCAUAGAGGGGAUUGAAGAACAAAAGCUCAUGAUGCUUUGAAAUGUGAUAUGAUCUGUUUAUUAUUGCACUGGAACUCUUAUUGUCUUGUGUUUCUUAUAAUGAUUGUAUUUUAUACCACAUAUUUGUCUUUUUACGGGCCGACGCCCCCCCUCUGGCUGAUGAUUGGAGUGCGAGUGGGCCCAGGGAUGCCACAGGCUAAUUGUAGGUGCGGCCCCUUUCCCACACCUGAGGGUGUUCACAUUUUAACUGGACAGGGCCUCUCUCCCCAUGGACUCUGAUGGAGAUGUAACCUACAUUGAAACGUUAGUCAUUUUGCUGCACCGUUCAGAAAUAAAAAGCAUAAAAUAUAAAAAGCAUCGUUAACUUUUGUGUGCCCUGGGGAUCCUCCUUUUACUGCAAAAUAAAAAAAAGUUUUAAUUUUCA